AUGUUAGAUUGUCCUUUGGAGUUCGAGAUUGCAGACGAUCAAUCCGUUCGGGCAUCAAAGAUUUAUAGAGAUUGUGUCUUGAGGAUGUAUGAUGAGUAUUAUCUCGUGGAUUUGGUUCCCAUUCCUUUGCGUGGGAACAAGGUUAUCAUAGGCAUCGAUUGGUUGAGCCUUAAUGGGGCAGUGAUCGAUUGUGCGCAGCAGUUGGUUCGAGUUAGGACCCCAAGUGGGGGAAAGCUAGUGAUUCAGGGUGAGAGACCACAACGUGAACCGGUCAUGUGUUCUGCAGUGAGAGCCAGACGUUACCUUCAUAAGGGAUGUUCAGGUUUUUUCGCCUAUGUUAUGGAUACCCGGGAGAAGGGUAAGGCAGCCAUGGAUGAUGUGCCAGUUGUGCGGGAGUAUCCAGACGAUUUCCUGGAGGAUUUUCUUGGGAUACCUCCGGAGAGGCAGGAAAGAUUCUCAGAAAUCUUCAAGAAUUCAUCUCCAAGAAAAUGCAAUCCAACAGUGUACAAAAUAGCAUCAAACCAACAACUUAUAGAGGUGCAAUGA